UGAUGAUAGAAUUGAUCUCAGCCCGUCCCGCUAUUUAGAUGGCCGGGGGCCCGUCAAUGUGUUAUCUUGCAUAGAAAGCUUGUCUUUGCCAAUCUCAGCCUGAUCUUUUCCCACUGAAGCCUCAAGUACUUCGAAGAGAGAUCGGAAGAAAGCACCUCCUGGUCGCCCAUUCAAAUUCGCGACAAGAGGCACACGGUGCAAGCCCGCAAAUCCCGUACAAACGGCCACCUACUGGUUAAAUCGCACAGCAUUCUCCCACAAAGACGCAAAAGGCAGGCCGUUCUCGUAAUGUGCCUGGCCUUUGUACACCAAUAACAGGGGCGGAUGCUGGUCAGCAGCUACAUGCAUGACCCCGUUUAGGAACAUGGAGUAUUCCGAUGACUCAGACUUUUAUGGAGACGAGAAUGAGCAAGCCCUGCUUCACAGACGAGUCGACCAAGCUGACUUGUCGUCUUGGUGGCGCCUCCACACCAAAGUCAGCAGCCCAAUCAAGCAGCAUCACACAGCCCGACCUCUGGCGACCAUGUCGCACUUCCACAACCCAUAUGCCGGUGUUCCAUACGCCUGGCAGCUGACAGAGACCGUUAUCGACUUUUUGCAUCGCUUGCCGCCCUCGACUACCGAGGGUUUCCCGUGGAUCUACAUUUGCAAUCCUUACGUAGACAGACGGCCUAGAGUGCCAACUUCGUGCGGUGCAAAUGUCGUGGGAUGUGAAGAUGAAGGCCCACAGGACAACGGUGCGGACGUUGCGACUCUCAUGCAAGGUGGCAUGGAGAGACUGCACAUGAUCUCAGAGUUCAUUGAUUAUCUCCGGAGAAUCGACAGACCUCCAGAACUGAAGAUGCAGGAGCUCCGCAAGGCCAGUUCUGACGCUUCGGAGGACAUCUUAACUCUGGCCCAGCAUUUGCGGGUCACCUGCGGAAAGUGGAUGCUCUUUUGUCCGGUCGCUGAGGUUGACGCCGUGUGGGAACUCAUCGCCAAAGCGACGGCCAACAACGAACUCGGCAUAGCAGCCAAAGUCGCCCCAAAGUCAAGUACCGAUUCCAGAGCAGAGCGUCUCAUCUGUGUCUACACGGCAGACUUCAGCAACAAACAAGACAUCAAGAGGGUCGCUGUGAAUUUGCAAAGACUUGGUCUCAUUUCCCCCACAGGCAGACCUGUGUACUACAAGCCUGACGCAUACACAUAUCUGGGAAUAUCGUCUCAGAAUCCAUGGAAUAUCAGGGCGUCGAUCUACAAUUCAACUACAGUGUUGAGGGAGUGGUGAAUCAUCUACGGGGGUUGGGUUUUUCGGUUUCAAGGGUGCUAUAUACUGUUGCCAGCCUUGUACGAUGUUUGUGGCAUAGACAAUGUGCCAUAGCCAUAGCUAUCAAAAUCCGGCACUAGAACGCUCGUUCCGGUUGUUCUCGCCCAACGGGUGGCGGGUUUCAAGUGCACACUUCCACGCAACAAUAUCCACAUACCAAGGGAUACUAGACAUCCCU